CUGUCAGCUCAGUCAUUCCCACUCUUCGCCGCGCUCAAUUAGUUCUUAAACUUAGUACACCACCACCAGUAUUACGCAUUUCCAUUUAAAUUCUUGUCAACCCACACAAACACAUCUGUUCGAAGAGGCUUCCUCUAGUGAGCGAUAAGCAACAAGUGUUCAACCAACCCAUUCACGACGACUCGACUACACUACAACCAAAGAAGAAGGAACUUUAGGAGAGAAAACAAAACUACAUACAUCACAUAUACUAUUAUUGUUCGGUUCUACAGCUGCAAGUCUUUUGUUUAUUCGGCUGAAAUACUAGACACGAAUCUGUGCACGGCACGGAACGUGGCACUUUGCUUCGAGGGCGUGCGCAUCUGCUGUAAGAGCAAGUAAACAAUUAACAGACAAGCAGCAGAUUCUUGCGGUGGAGCGACGACAGCUGGGGAAACAAUUAAGAAACUUGUUUUCCCCGAACUGCCACAGUACUCCGAUAAGUGUCUCAGCCACAACACGUACAUAACUCAUUUGGAGGAGCGCAACAAGAGCCAAGUACCAGGCAGCGACUAGCACAGCAGAUAGAAAAAUGAUUCCCGGCUACGGACCCGUAACCCAGGCCCUGCUGGGCACCCUGCUGACCUGGGGGCUGACGGCCGCCGGUGCCGCCUUGGUGAUAUUUGUGCGCGGCACGCAGAGGAGGUCGCUGGACGCGGCCCUUGGCUUUGCGGCUGGCGUGAUGAUUGCCGCCUCGUUCUGGUCACUGCUCAAGCCGGCCAUCGAAAUGGCCGAGAGCUCGCACCUGUACGGAGUGUACUCGUUUGUGCCCGUGGCGGGUGGCUUUCUGCUCGGAUCCUUUUUCGUCUACGGCUGCGACAAGCUAAUGUCGUAUUUGGGCCUGAACAGCACCAAAAUGAUGAUUCAGAUGACGCAGUCGAGCAAGGACAAGGCGGACAUUGCCAUCGAGGAUUUGAAGCGGAACGGGAACGGCACCGGCGACCGCCUCGCCGCCAAGAGUCUGGAGAGCUUCUCCGACUGCUUGAGCGUGCAGCACAGUGGGGAGUCGCGUCGCCGCAAGAAGGGCAGCAUCAACGAGCUGGAGCAGUGCACCUACACCACCAGCGAGGAGGAGAAGCGCGCCCAGGAGGCGCUCUCGCAAUGGAAGCGCAUCAUGCUGCUGGUGGUGGCCAUCACCGUGCACAACAUUCCCGAGGGACUGGCGGUGGGCGUUAGCUUCGGAGCCAUCGGCACCUCAAACUCAUCCACAUUCGAGAGCGCCCGCAACCUGGCCAUUGGCAUUGGCAUUCAGAACUUCCCAGAGGGUCUAGCCGUCAGUCUGCCCCUGCAUGCCGCCGGCUUCAGUGUGGGCCGUGCUCUGUGGUACGGACAGUUGUCCGGUAUGGUGGAGCCCAUCUUCGGUGUGCUGGGCGCCGUGGCGGUGACAUUUGCCAACCUGAUACUGCCCUAUGCGCUGUCGUUUGCGGCCGGAGCCAUGAUCUACAUUGUGUCGGACGACAUUCUGCCCGAGGCGCAUGCCAGCGGCAAUGGAACGAUUGCCACGUGGGGCACUGUCUCUGGAUUCCUGAUAAUGAUGUGCCUCGAAGUAGCGCUCUCAUGAGAGGGCCUUCCCGUACCAAAACUACAAAAUGCCUGCCUCGCUCCGCCAGCGCAGGACUCGCAAAAUAGUGUAAUGCAAGGAUUCCAUUGUACUUAACGCUCAUUCCCCCACUUUUAUGUAAAUAGAAACCGACACGCGACUUGUACAAAUCUCAGAAAUACUUGGGCACAGGCGGCGCUACGUGGAACGUUCCUCCCAACAGCAGCCAGCAGUUCCCCGAAAACGUGAAUCUAAUAAUCUAACUUAGUGUUAAAUGUUCUAUAAAUAUGCCUGCAUUCCAGCGAGUUAUGCAAAUGAGGCGACAAAGAUUUAAUGCAUUCUCGGAAGGAAUACAAACAGACGUGCAUCUGAAUUAGGUUUUAAGUUGUCAGCAGCUCAGCAGCAUCCAGUGGCUUGCAUGUUUUUAAACUGUCUCUAAUAUGUAAGCAAUAAAACUUACUGUAUGCAAAACGAUCA